GAGGUCAGGGAAGGCGCCGGAAGCGACGGCAUGGCGGCGUGGGGGCUGCUGGCGCGGCUGGGCGCCCGGCUGCGGGCCGUGGCUGCCGUUCCUCCUCCCGGCAACAGGGAGAAGCUGAGCCUUGCAGUCAGGCACAUUAACAGCUCCACGUGGUGGCAUGAGCACCUCUCUGAAGAGAAUCUCCAGUUCCUGAAGGAGGCCACUGCAGAGGAGUACACAGCCCAGACAGCCAGCAAGCUGUGUCCUCUGAAGGAUGAGCCUUGGCCCCUGAACGAGUGGAAACCAGGUUCCAUCAGAGUUGGUGUUGUUGCAGUCAAGCUGGGGAUGAUGCCAUUGUGGACCAAGUCAGGGGAGAGGCAUGCUGUCACAAUGCUUAAGGUGCAGGAGUGCCACGUGCUGAGAUAUGUGCCUAAAGAAGAGGCAGGUGGGAAGAGACCUCUGCUGCUGGUUGGGGGCAAGAAUGCUUCUCCUUUUCAUAGAGCAGAGGCUGGCCUGGCGCUGUUCCGGGAGGCCGGCGUGCCCCGCAAGCAGAAGGUGACCACCUUCAGCGUGACAGAGGAUGCCAUCCUUAAACCAGGGACUCCUCUGUACGCCGCUCACUUCCGCCCGGGGCAGUUCGUGGACGUCACAGCCAAAACGAUUGGCAAGGGCUUCCAGGGUGUGAUGAAGAGGUGGGGCUUCAAAGGGCAGCCUGCGAGCCACGGGCAGACCAAGACCCACCGGCGGCCGGGAGCCAUCUCCACCAACAAAGCUGGCAAGGUGUACCGUGGCAAGAGGAUGCCUGGCAAGAUGGGCAACAUCUACAGGACCUCCUAUGGGCUGAAGGUGUGGAGGAUCAACACCAAGCACGACAUCAUCUAUGUCAACGGCACGGUCCCGGGCCACAGCAGCUGCCUGGUGAAGGUGAGAGACAGCAAGCUGCCCACCUGCAGGGCCUCCAACAGCCACCCUCCCUUCCCUACCUUCUUUGCUGAUGGGGAUGAGGAGCUGCCAGAGGAUCUGUAUGAUGAGGAGGUGUUCCAGUUCACAGAGCCAUCUCUCACCUGCCCUUAGUGCCCCCCAGAGCCUGGGGAGCACACUGCUGCUGCUUUCAUCAACGUUGUGA